GCCACGACGGAGAUAACGACCGGAGUUGCAGAGGGCGAGUCCGGUGCUUCUGGCCAGAACACGAUCUCAACCACCACCGUGAGACAGAUGACGAGCUCUGGCCACGAAGGAAACGCGACGGAGAAGCUUCAAUUCAUGGUGGCUCCGUUUUCAACCACGAAGAAGAAGACUGUGACAUUGACGGUGGCUGAGAAGCUUGGCCGCAAGCGUCACGGUGAGCACGAGGAGGAUAGAGAACGACGAACCAUGGUUUGCAACCUCGAGUUAGAGCGGGUUCGGAGUGGUUUGUUGCAGCGGGGAUGAGACGUCGCUGUGAAACCAACGAGCUCCAGAGCGGCUUAGUGAAACGGGAUGCAUAACCCGCUCGGGAAAUUCUACGUCAAAGAUCACGAGUCUUGCAGCGGUGAAGUGGAGCGACAUGCCAAGGCCGCUGGGAGAAGAAGAGACCAGAUUUCAAUUGGUUAACCGGUUUAUUCCGGUUUAAUCCAUUUGACUCCGGUUUAAUUCAACUGAACCAGCUCGAUUUUCAUUCUUCUAUAAAUAGAUUUAGACCUAAAAACCCUAAGUGAUGGCUUUAAGCUACCAUGAGAAGCCACAAGAAGAGGAAGACACAUUUGAAUAUCACAUUCAAGAUGACUUUGAUGCAAGUAUACUCACACCAGCACAACUUGUGAUGUUAUAUGAGCUUCAGAAGGAGUACCCGGGGUCGGCAAAGACAUCCCUAGCACGAAGGAUCCGGUUGGAGCUUAUUAAGGAUCGAGCAGAGCUUGAAGGAAGGGAAGUUACAAAGUAUGAGUUUAAUGUUGCCUAUGACCUUAAAGAGGUAAUGGAUUGGGCUCCACCACUCCAGCUGGAAGGUAUAGAAAUUUCCAUUUUAGAACUUCAAUUUGAGAAAAUAUGCUUGCCUUGUGGUGAAAACAUUGCCCAUGAUCAUGAUUCUCUUGUGCUCAUCAAUGAAUGUCUUGAUCUGAUAUAUGAAACUAGGAAACUAGAUGAGUUGAGAAUAGAAAAGCUUGCUAGAGAUCAUAUUGAAGUUUGUUUUGACAAGAGCUAUCUAUGUGCUUCAUUUGAUCUCGAAUCUGAGUUUUUGAUUCUUAAUGAACCUAGACCUCUUCUUGCUCUUGCUGAUAUAGGGGAUGAACUUGAUGUGGAUAAGCUCUUGCUUGAGAUAGAAAACCCCCUUGUCAAAAAUAAUCAUGAGAAUGUGAACAUUGUGUUUUAUUCAGUUGAUGGAGAUAGAGUUGACUACUUUGUUAAAACCUCCUUUGAACAUGUAGUUGACUUUGUCUUUCCACCAAAUGCAUUUGAUUCUCAUGACCAUUUGAACCUCAAAGAGCAUCUCAUGAUUCAUGAUACAUCUUUAGUGAAGCUCUUUGAUGAAAAAUCUGUCUAUUUUCUAUGGACAGUAGUGUGCUCCUUUGCGCAUUUGGUUUCUUGUUCUUGUAGGAGAAGGACCAAAGGUGCAUUGGCUCAGCCUUUUGAUACCUAUGAUUAGCAAGCACACAAAGUCAAGCUAGAGACUUAAAACAAGCUCACUUGGGAGGAAGUCCCAUGUUUAUCCAUUGUAUAUAUUUCUUUAUCUUUCUUUCUUUUUAGGUUGUUUAAUAAGUAUGGUUGAGAUUUUCAGGAUGGGUCUAUCUAUAGAUAAGAGAAGUCUUUAUCUCCACUUCAGCCCAUGUCUACCGGUGAAACAAACAUGAGGCCAAGGGUCCUCUACCACCCAAUUCAGCCAAUAACUCCAAGUAUGUGCCACUCCAACUUUGUACAUUUUUAGUUCUCAUAUUUAUUUCUUUCUCUUAGAUCUCUUCUUUGAGCUUACUAUCACACAAGGGACUGUGUGAAGUAAGUUUGGGGGAGAGUCUACUA